GGAAAAACACUUUUUUCACAGGGAACUCUAAACUUUGAAGUCUGAACUCUCAACGAGUUUGGGGACAAUCAAAAUCUGGUUUCGGAAAAAUCCGACAUCAAAGACGAGGAGAGAGAAAGACAGUGGAUUUCAACGAGCAAACUCCCUUGCUUAACACCCUGUUUGUCUGUUCAUGUUUCUAAUCGGAGUUUUACCGUCAAUUUCAGAGACAUAAUUGUCCUAAAAGCAUUCAAAUUUCCGUUUCCCCGAAAUCCAAACUCACAUUUUCGUCCUUCACAAAGCCGCCCUUCUUUCUGCAGGGUUUAUCCCUAACAAGGGUCACUCUGAAGCUGUUCAGAGUGUUAAACCCUAGAAAAAAUCAUCAUACUUUUUUCUAGGGUUUUUCCCGCCAUGAGUCCUAUUCAGAAUUUUGAGCAGCAUUCUAAUCUCCUCAUUGAUCAUGACCUCCCAAUUCAAACAAGACUACAGAUGGCGAUGGAAGUACGGGAUAGUCUAGAGAUAGCACAUACGGCCGAGUACUUGAAUUUCUUAAAGUUCUACUUUAGGGCGUUCUCAGUGAUUCUUAUUCAGAUAACGAAGCCACAGUUCACUGAUAGUCCUGAACAUAAGCUCCGCAACAUUGUGAUCGAGAUCUUAAACCGUUUGCCACAUAGUGAAGUGCUUCGACCCUUUGUUCAGGACUUGUUAAAGAUUGCAAUGCAAGUGCUCACCACCGAUAAUGAAGAAAAUGGAUUGAUCUGUAUUCGUAUCAUUUUUGAUUUGCUUAGGAAUUUCCGGCCUACCCUUGAGGCUGAAGUACAGCCGUUUCUAGACUUUGUGUGUAAAAUAUAUCAGAAUUUUAGAUCAACAGUGAGCCAUUUCUUCGAGAAUGGGGGUUCAAUGGCUGCAGUUCCCUCUAUUGGCACACCUGGAGGUGGAGAUGAUAUUAAGACAAUGGAUACAUCCGAUCAGUUUACUCCUUCCUCGAGUGGCAGCAUGCUUAGUGGUGCAGGGUAUCAUGGAUCUGGUCAGCUAAAUCCAAGUACAAGGUCAUUUAAAAUUGUUACAGAGAGUCCGUUGGUGGUCAUGUUUUUAUUCCAAUUGUAUAGUAGGCUUGUUCAGACGAAUAUCCCUCACCUGCUGCCACUUAUGGUAGCAGCUAUUUCUGUUCCUGGCCCAGAGAAAGUGCCUUCCAAUCUGAAGACUCAAUUCAUUGAACUAAAGGGCGCACAAGUUAAGACUGUUUCUUUUUUGACGUACCUGCUGAAGAGUUUUGCUGAUUAUAUUAGGCCACAUGAGGAGAGCAUUUGUAAAAGUAUUGUGAACUUGCUUGUGACCUGUUCUGACUCCGUUUCGAUUCGGAAGGAAUUAUUGGUGGCCCUAAAACAUGUUCUUGGAACAGAUUUUAAGAGGGGUUUGUUUCCCUUGAUUGACACAUUGUUGGAAGAGAGGGUUCUUGUUGGGACUGGACGGGCAUGCUACGAGACAUUGAGGCCACUGGCUUAUAGCUUACUAGCAGAGAUUGUUCAUCACGUUCGAUCAGAUCUCUCCCUGCAACAGCUGUCACGUAUCAUUUACUUGUUCUCAAGCAACAUGCAUGACGCCUCACUAACAUUGAGUAUUCACACCACAUGUGCUCGCCUGAUGCUGAAUCUGGUUGAACCAAUUUAUGAAAAAGGGGCUGAUCAAACUUCAAUGGAUGAAGCACGGAUUUUGCUGGUCCAGAUAUUGGAUUCUUUUGUUGGGAAGUUUAGUACCUUUAAGCACACAAUUCCCCAGCUUCUUGAGGAGGGUGAGGAAGGAAAAGAUCGAGCUUCAUUGAGGUCAAAGCUGGAGCUUCCAGUUCAGGCUGUUUUAAACUUACAAGUGCCAACUGAACAUUCCAAGGAAGUCAAUGAUUGCCGACAUCUGGUCAAGACUUUAAUUAUGGGAAUGAAGACUAUUUUUUGGACAAUAACUCAUGUUCAUACUCCACAUACACAGGCUUCAGCUUCUCAUGGGGCACAUCAACAGAUGAUGCCAAAUGGGUUGCCUGCAUUCAAAGGCUUGAGAGAAGAUGAGGUGUGGAGAGCCUGUGGUAUUCUGAAAAGUGGUGUACAUUGCUUAGUCAUUUUUAAGGAUACUGAUGAUGAGAAGGAUAUGCUUGGGCACUUCUCCCAAACUUUGGCUAUUUUGGAACCUCGAGAUCUGAUGGAUAUGUUCUCACUGUGUUUACCAGAGCUCUUUGAAUGCAUGGCUUCUAACAAUCAGCUGGUUCUUAUAUUUUCAACGAUGCUGCAAGCAGCCAAGGUUUUCCGUCCAUUUUCAGAUGUUCUGAUCAAUUUCCUUGUUAGCAGUAAGCUUGAUGUUUUGAAACUACCAGAUUCUCCAUCUGCAAAAUUAGUCUUGCACCUCUUUCAUUUAUUGUUUGGAGCUGUUGCAAAGUUCCCAUCAGAUUCAGAGCGUAUACUGCUGCCUCUUAUGCCUGUUAUUGUUGAGGUGUGCAUAAAAAAUACCACUGAAGUUGAGAAACCUAUAGGCUAUCUUCAACUGCUUCGAACAACGUUUCGUGCACUUGCUGGCGGAAAAUUUGAACUUAUAUUGCGAGACUUGAUGCCCCUGCUACAGCCUUGUCUGAAUAUGUUACUUGCCAUGCUUGAGGGACCAGCUGGUGAGGACAUGAGGGAACUUCUAUUGGAAUUGUGCUUAACUUUACCUGCACGUUUAAGUUCUUUGUUGCCAUUUCUUCCCCGUCUUAUGAAGCCACUGGUUUUAUGCUUGAAAGCGAGUGAUGAACUUGUUAGUUUGGGGCUGAGGACUCUAGAAUUCUGGAUAGAUAGUUUGAAUCCCGACUUUCUUGAGCCAAGUAUGGCAAAUGUUAUGUCGGAGGUAAUCUUAGCCUUGUGGUCUCAUUUAAGACCCGCACCUUAUCCUUGGGGUGGAAAAUGUUUACAACUUCUUGGUCAGUUAGGUGGACGUAAUAGGCGCUUUUUGAAAGAGCCACUUGCACUGGAAUGCAAGGAAAACCCAGAGCAUGGGAUUCGUGUGAUUCUAACAUUUGAGCCUGGAACCCCAUUCUUGGUGCCUUUGGAUCGGUGUAUAAACCUUGCUAUAGCUACUGUUAUGCAAAAAAAUGGACACGUUGAACUGUUCUAUAGAAAGCAGGCCUUAAAGUUUCUUCAUGUGUGCCUAUCAGCUCAGCUGAAUUUGCCAGGAAACAUUUCUGAUGAAGGCUUUACACUGGACAAACUAUCAAAAAUUUUAUCAUCAUCUGGGGACUUGUCUUUGCGAAGGUGCGAGUCUACGGAUAUCAAGGCAGAGUUUGGUGUAAAGACAAAGACUCAGCUUCUGGCUGAGAAGUCUGUUUUCAAAAGUCUUUUAAUGACUGUCAUCUCAUCCAAUGCCGAACAAGACCUUUUUGACUCAAAGGAUGAUUUUGUAGUUAAUAUCUGUCGGCAUUUUGCUCUGAUGUUUCAUGUUGAUCAUUCCUCCACUAAUGCUUCUACAACAUCAACAGUUGGGGGUCCUAUGCUUUCAUCUAAUACAAACAUAGGUUCCAGGCCAAAAAGCAGUACAGGCUCGAAUCUUAGAGAGCUGGAUCCCUUAAUAUUUUUAGAUGCCUUGGUGGAUGUGUUAGCAGAUGAAAAUAGGCUUCAAGCAAGGGCUGCUCUAAAUGCGUUAAACUCAUUUUCUGAAUCCCUCCUAUUCCUGGCUCGAUCAAAGCACAAUGGCGUGCUAAUGUCAAGGGGAGGUCCUGCAACACCUAUGAUUGUCUCUAGCCCAUCGAUGAAUCCUGUUUAUUCUCCACCUCCAAGUGUCCGUGUCCCUAUCUUUGAGCAACUUUUGCCUCGUCUGUUGCACUUGUGCUAUGGAGUUACAUGGCAAGCUCAAAUGGGAGGCGUUGCUGGACUUGGUGCUCUGGUUGGGAAGGUCACUGUUGAGACUCUCUGUCAGUUUCAAGUUAAAAUAGUACGAGGACUGAUUUAUGUCUUGAAAAGGCUUCCUAUAUAUGCAAAUAAGGAACAGGAAGAAACAAGUCAGGUGUUAAUGCAGGUGCUUCGUGUGGUGAACAACGUUGAUGAGGCAAAUAGUGAAUCCCGGAGGCAGAGCUUCCAUGGUGUUGUUGAGUAUCUUGCAUCAGAGCUGUUUAAUGCAAAUGCAUCAGUAAAUGUGAGGAAAACUGUGCAGUCAUGUUUAGCCUUGCUUGCUAGCCGGACAGGUAAUGAGGUAUCUGAAUUGCUUGAGCCUUUGUAUCAACCUCUAUUUCAACCCCUCAUCAUGCGCCCUCUGCGUUCAAAGACAGUUGAUCAACAGGUGGGAACAGUUACUGCAUUAAAUUUCUGUUUGGCUUUAAGGCCACCUCUCCUGAAAUUGACCCAAGAACUCGUUAAUUUUCUUCAAGAGGCUUUGCAUAUUGCUGAGGCUGAUGAAACUGUGUGGGUUGUGAAGUUUAUGAAUCCCAAAGUCGCAACAUCUUUGAAUAAGCUUCGCACAGCUUGCAUUGAGUUACUUUGCACUGCAAUGGCCUGGGCAGAUUUCAAGACGGCAAAUCAUGCUGAGCUGCGUUCAAAGAUCAUAUCUAUGUUCUUCAAGUCCCUGACAUGUCGUACACCAGAAAUUGUUGCUGUUGCGAAAGAAGGCCUAAGACAGGUUAUUCAGCAGCAGAGGAUGCCUAAAGAACUUUUGCAGACCAGCCUCAGACCCAUCUUAGUCAACUUGGCUUAUACCAAAAAUCUUAGUAUGCCUUUGCUGCAAGGUCUUGCCCGUUUGCUCGAACUUCUAUCUACCUGGUUCAAUGUUACCCUGGGUGGUAAAUUGUUGGAGCACCUGAAGAAGUGGUUGGAACCUGAAAAACUUGCACAGAGCCAGAAAUCUUGGAAGGCUGGUGAAGAACCAAAAAUUGCUGCAGCAAUUAUCGAGCUGUUUCACCUUCUCCCCAGCGCUGCAGGAAAGUUCCUUGACGAUCUUGUCACUUUAACUAUUGACUUGGAAGGGGUUCUCCCACCUGGGCAAUUCUACAGUAAGAUAAAUAGUCCAUACCGCCUUCCGCUUACAAAGUUUUUAAAUCGCUACCCAACAGCUUCUGUUGAAUACUUCCUCGCUAGAUUGAGUCAGCCAAGAUAUUUUAGACGGUUUAUGUAUAUAAUAAAGUCUGAUGCUGGACAGCCUUUGAGAGAGGAACUUGCAAAGUCCCCUCAGAAAAUAAUAGCGAGUGCCUUUCCUAAAUUUCUUCCAAAAACAGAGCUAUCAACUGUUCAAGGAUCUGCUGCUACACCUACCACUCAGUUGGGAAAUGAAGCCCUUAGCGCUCCUCUUCCUGAAAGCUCUGGCGUACCUUCUACUAGCACUGGAGGAUCAUCAGAUGCAUUCUUUCAAGGACUUGCUUUGAUCAAAACUCUCGUAAAAUUGAUGCCUUCUUGGUUGCAGAGCAACCGUAAUUUGUUUGAUGCUCUUGUACUCGUUUGGAAGUCACCUGAUAGAGUGACCCGUUUGAAUAAGGAGCAGGAGCUAAACCUAGUUCAGGUCAAAGAAAGCAAAUGGCUUGUAAAAUGCUUUCUGAAUUAUCUGCGGCAUGAAAAAACUGAAGUGAACGUGAUAUUUGAUAUUCUUUCCAUAUUCUUAUACCACUCACGCAUUGAUUAUACAUUUCUGAAGGAAUUUUAUAUAAUUGAGGUUGCAGAGGGCUAUCCUCCUAACUUGAAAAAAAACCUUCUGUUGCACUUUUUAGACAUUUUCCAGUCAAAGCAACUGAGUCAUGAACAUGUGGUGGUGAUUAUGCAAAUGCUUAUUUUGCCAAUGUUAGCUCAUGGCUUCCAGAGUGGUCAAAGCUGGGAGGUUGUUGACCCGGGUAUCAUUAAAACAAUCGUCGAUAAACUUCUUGAUCCUCCUGAAGAGAUUUCUGCCGAGUAUGAUGAACCAUUACGAAUAGAACUGUUGCAGAUCGCAACACUGCUUCUGAAAUAUCUUCAGGGCGACCUUGUCCAGCAUAGAAAAGAGCUUAUUAAAUUUGGCUGGAAUCAUCUUAAACGUGAAGAUAGUGCCAGUAAGCAGUGGGCAUUUGUCAAUGUUUGCCAUUUCUUAGAAGCAUAUCAGGCCCCAGAGAAAAUCAUACUCCAGGUAUUUGUUGCUCUUCUGAGAACUUGCCAACCGGAGCAUAAGAUGUUGGUGAAGCAAGCACUGGAUAUAUUGAUGCCAGCAUUACCACGAAGAUUACCUCCUGGAGAUAAUCGUAUGCCUAUUUGGAUACGUUAUACUAAGAAAAUCCUUGUUGAAGAAGGCCACUCAAUUCCAAAUUUGAUUCACAUUUUCCAGCUCAUUGUUCGUCAUUCAGAUCUUUUCUAUGCCUGUAGAGCACAGUUUGUACCUCAAAUGGUAAACUCUCUUAGUCGGUUAGGCCUGCCGUACACUACAACUGCAGAAAAUCGGCGUCUUGCUAUUGAACUUGCUGGGUUGGUUGUGGGUUGGGAAAGGCAGAGGCAAAGUGAAAUGAAAGCUGUUGCCGGGACUGAUACACCGACCCAAAAUUCUGAUGUACUAAGUUCAGGUACUGCUGGUGUAGAUUCUAAACGUUCAACAGAGGGAUCAACAAUUUCUGAGGAUCCAAGUAAGCGCGUAAAGAUUGAACCUGGAAUCCAAUCCUUCCCUGUUACAUCUCCUCCAGGUGCUGCUUCUAUACCAAACAUUGGAACCCCUGGAUCUGCCACUCAGGCAGAUGAGGAGUUCAAGCCAAAUGCUGCAAUGGAAGAAAUGAUAAUUAAUUUUCUCAUAAGGGUGGCCUUGGUGAUAGAGCCCAAAGACAAGGAAGCAAGUUUGAUGUAUAAACAGGCUCUAGAUCUACUCUCACAAGCUUUGGAAGUGUGGCCACAUGCUAAUGUGAAAUUUAAUUAUCUUGAGAAACUUCUCAGCAGUAUUCAGCCUUCUCAAUCAAAAGAUCCAUCCACUGCCCUUGCUCAGGGCUUGGAUGUCAUGAACAAAGUAUUGGAAAAGCAGGCACACUUGUUUAUAAAAAAUAACAUCAGCCAGAUAUCUCAAAUUCUAGAACCAUGUUUCAAAUAUAAGAUGUUAGAUGCCGGAAGUUCAUUGUGCUCCUUGUUGAAGAUUGUGUUUCUCACAUUUCCCUUGGAUUCUGCCAGUACUCCAUCUGAAGUGAAGAUUUUGUACCAAAAAGUUCAAGAUUUGAUAGAGAAACAAAUUGCAGCUGUCACCGCUCCUCAAAUAUCAGGAGAUGAUACAGGGGCCGACUCUAUCAGCUUUGUGCUUUUGGUCAUUAAGACUUUAAUGGAGGUACAAAAAAACCUAGCUGAUCCCUCCCUAUUGGUCCGAGUUCUUCAGCGUCUGGCACGUGAUUUUGGAUCACUGGCGGGUACUCAAGCAAGACAGGGUCAAAGACUGGAUCCAGAUUCAGUCACCUCAUCUCGUCAUGGUGCUGAUGUCGGAGCUGUCAUCUCUAAUAUUAAAUUGGUCUUGAAACUUAUUGGUGAAAGAGUCAUGCUUGUGCCUGAGUACAAGAGAUCUAUUACACAAAUUCUGAAUUCCCUGCUCUCAGAAAAGGUUACCGAUGCCAGUGUACUGCUAUGUAUAUUAGAUAUGAUAAAAGGGUGGAUCGAGGAUGAGUUCAAUAAACCAACUGCAACUGGAACGAUGACUACUUUUCUUAAUCCCAAAGAGAUAGUCUCUUUUCUUCAGAAGCUUUCACAAGUUGAUAAACAGAAUUUCACCCCAAGUCAACUUGAUGAAUGGGACAAGAAGUACCUGGAGGUUCUUUAUGGAAUAUGUGCCGAUUCAAACAGAUAUCCUCUUCCUUUGCGUCAAGAAGUAUUUCAGAAAGUGGAAAGGCAGUUCAUGCUUGGUUUGAGGGCAAAGGAUCCUGAAACUAGAAAGAAGUAUUUUUUGCUUUAUCAUGAAUCUCUUGGAAAAACAUUAUUUGCUAGGCUGCAAUACAUCAUUCAAAUUCAGGACUGGGAUGCUCUAAGUGAUGUCUUUUGGCUUAAACAAGGCCUUGAUCUUCUUCUGGCCUUGUUGGUUGAGGAUCAGUCUAUUACACUUGCUCCUAACACCGCAAGAUUGCAGCCUCUUGUUACAUCAAAUAAUAGUCCUGAUCCUUCUGCGAUGCAGCAGCAGGUUGCUGAUUUUUCCGAAGUUUCAGAUACGGUUCCAUUGACUAUUGAAGGGCUUGUUAACAAGCAUGCUCAUUUUCUGAAUAAGAUGAGCAGACUGCAGGUGGCUGAUCUUCUUGUUCCAUUGAAAGAGCUUGCUCACACAGAUGCAAAUGUUGCAUAUCAUUUGUGGGUAUUGGUAUUUCCUAUUGUCUGGGUAAGCUUAAACAAAGAAGAGCAGGUUUUACUGGCUAAGCCUAUGAUUUCUCUCUUAUCAAAGGAUUGUCACAAGAAACAACAGACACAUCGACCAAAUGUUGUGCAAGCUCUUUUGGAAGGACUUCAGCUUAGUCAUCCACAGCCUCGGAUGCCUAGUGAACUCAUCAAAUAUAUUGGAAAGACUUACAAUGCAUGGCAUAUUGCAUUGUCCCUGCUAGAAAGUCAUGUCAUGUUGUUCAUGCAUGAUACCAAGUGCUCUGAGUGUCUUGCUGAGCUAUAUCGCCUGCUAAAUGAAGAGGACAUGAGGUGUGGGUUAUGGAAGAAGCGGUCUGUUACAGCAGAAACUAGAGCGGGGCUUUCCCUUGUGCAACAUGGCUACUGGGAGCGUGCUCAAAGCCUGUUCUAUCAGGCUAUGGUUAAGGCAACUCAAGGUACCUAUAACAAUACUGUUCCUAAGGCUGAGAUGUGUCUAUGGGAGGAGCAAUGGCUUUAUUGUGCUGGCCAACUUAGUCAAUGGGAGGCCCUGGCAGAUUUUGGCAAGUCCAUUGAAAAUUAUGACAUUUUACUCGAUAGUCUAUGGAAAGUUCCUGAUUGGGCUUAUAUGAAGGAUCAUGUUAUCCCUAAAGCUCAAGUAGAAGAAACUCCAAAGCUCAGAGUAAUUCAGGCAUACUUUGCACUUCAUGACAGAAAUAUUAACGGUGUCGGAGAUACUGAAAAUAUUGUUGGGAAAGGUGUUGACCUUGCCUUAGAACAGUGGUGGCAGUUGCCUGAAAUGUCUGUGCAUGCUAGGAUACCUCUUCUGCAGCAAUUUCAGCAGCUAGUUGAAGUCCAGGAAUCUGCUAGAAUUCUUGUCGAUAUUGCAAAUGGAAACAAGCAUGCUGGGAACUCUGGUGUUGGUGGACAUGGGGGACUUUAUGCAGAUCUAAAGGAUAUUCUCGAGACUUGGAGAUUGAGGACACCAAAUGAAUGGGAUAACAUGACAGUUUGGUAUGAUUUGUUGCAAUGGAGAAAUGAAAUCUACAAUGCUGUCAUAGAUGCUUUUAAAGAUUUUGGCUCAACUAAUCCUCAACUUCAUCACCUUGGUUACCGGGACAAAGCAUGGAAUGUCAAUAAGCUUGCUCAUAUUUCACGCAAACAGGGUAUUUAUGAUGUGUGUGUCACCAUACUUGAAAAAAUGUAUGGUCACUCUACUAUGGAGGUGCAGGAGGCGUUCGUCAAAAUUAGAGAACAAGCAAAAGCCUAUCUUGAAAUGAAGGGAGAGGUAACCAGUGGGCUGAAUUUGAUCAAUAGCACCAAUCUUGAAUAUUUUCCUGUCAAGCACAAAGCAGAAAUUUUCCGCCUGAAGGGAGACUUCUUAUUAAAGCUUAAUGACUGUGAAUCUGCUAAUAGAGAGUAUUCAAACGCUGUCAAUCUAUUCAAAAACCUGCCAAAAGGAUGGAUUAGUUGGGGAACUUAUUCUGACAUGGCUUACAAAGAAACACAUGAUGAAAUAUGGUUGGAGUAUGCUGUCAGUUGUUUUCUUCAAGGUAUCAAAUUUGGUAUUCCCAACUCAAGAAGCUAUCUGGCUCGUGUUCUUUACCUUCUCAGUUUUGACACCCCUAAUGAAGCUGCUGGGAGAGCAUUUGAUAAAUAUUUGGAUCAAGUACCUCAUUGGGUCUGGCUUUCCUGGAUUCCUCAGUUGCUGCUUUCAUUGCAGCGAACAGAAGCACCCCACUGCAAGCUAGUCCUUAUGAAAAUUGCCACAGUAUAUCCACAGGCUUUGUACUAUUGGCUGCGUACUUAUUUACUUGAACGUCGUGAUGCGGCUAAUAAAUCAGAAAUUGGGAGAUUAGCUAUGGCUCAGAACAGAAUGCAGCAGAACCCUUCUGCUGGUGGUUCUAACUCACUUGGAUUGAAUGAUGGGUCUGCAAGAAUGCAGAGCCAUGGUGUCAUAUCUUCAGAGAAUCAGGUUCAUCAAGUGACUCAAUCCGGUAGUGGUAUCACCUCUCACGAUGGUGGAAUUAUGAAUGGCCAAGAUUCAGAAAGGUCUACCACUGGGGAAGGAGGAGGAGCAGCUUCCAGUGGUGAACCACACGUGCAACAAAAUUCUUCAAAUAUCAGUGAUGGUGGUCAGAAUGCACUAAGGCGUAGUGGUGCUUUGAGUUUGAUGGCUUCUGCUGCCAGUGCUUUUGAUGCUGCAAAGGAUAUAAUGGAGGCUCUUAGGAGCAAGCAUACUAAUCUUGCUAGCGAACUUGAGAUUUUGCUUACAGAGAUUGGAUCAAGGUUUGUCACUUUGCCAGAGGAGAGACUUCUAGCUGUAGUUAAUGCCCUGCUCCAUCGGUGCUACAAGUAUCCAACUGCAACUACGGCAGAGGUGCCUCAGUCUCUUAGGAAGGAGCUUUCCGGUGUUUGUAGGGCAUGCUUCUCAGCAGAUGCUAUAAACAAGCAUGUUGAUUUCGUACGAGAGUACAAGAAUGACUUUGAACGUGAUCUUGAUCCAGAUAAUUCCGAUACCUUCCCAGCAACACUUUCUGCACUGACUGAGAGAUUGAAGCAUUGGAAAAACGUUCUGCAAAGCAACGUUGAGGACAGAUUUCCUGCUGUGCUGAAGCUGGAAGAGGAAAGCAGGGUUUUACGUGAUUUCCAUGUUGUUGAUGUUGAGGUUCCAGGACAGUAUUUCACUUAUCAGGACAUUCCACCUGAUCAUACAGUGAAGUUAGAUCGAGUUGGUCCUGACAUUCCAAUUGUACGAAGGCAUGGUAGUAGUUUCCGUCGCUUAACACUAAUCGGAUCAGAUGGUUCACAACGUCAUUUUAUUGUUCAAACAUCCCUAACUCCAAAUGCUAGGAGUGAUGAACGCAUGCUUCAACUGUUCCGUGUGAUGAAUCGCAUGUUCGAUAAGCAUAAAGAGUCCAGGAGGCGGCAUAUAUGCAUUCAUACUCCAAUAAUUAUUCCUGUUUGGUCUCAGGUUCGCAUGGUAGAAGAUGAUUUGAUGUAUAGUACGUUGCUUGAGGUUUAUGAGAACUAUUGUGCAAGAAAUGACCGUGAGGCUGAUCUUCCUAUUACCCUUUUCAAGGAGCAGCUUAACCCAGCUAUGGGUGGUCAAUUAUCAACAGAUGCUAUUAUUGAUCUCCGCCUCCACGCGUAUAAUGAAGUAACAAGGACUCGUGUGCCUGACAACAUACUUUCACAGUUCAUAUACAAGACAUUGCUAAAUGGAAACCAUAUGUGGGCUUUUAAGAAGCAAUUUGCAACCCAGUUGGCUCUCUCGUGUUUCAUUUCAUACAUGCUGCAGAUUGGGGGACGGUCCCCUAACAAAAUUCUAUUUGCUAAAAACACGGGCAAGAUUUUUCAGACAGAUUUUCACCCCGCGUAUGAUGCUAAUGGGAUGAUUGAAUUUAAUGAACCUGUGCCGUUUCGUCUCACUAGAAAUAUGCAGGCUUUCUUUUCUCAUUUCGGUGUAGAAGGGCUAAUCAUCUCUGCCAUGUGUGCUGCAGCUCAAGCUGUCGUCACGCCAAAGCAAAACCAGCAUUUGUGGCAUCAUUUGGCUAUGUUUUUCCGUGAUGAACUGUUGUCAUGGUCUUGGAGAAGACCACUUGGAAUGCCUUUGGCUCCCGUUCCCGGAGGUGGUUUAAGUCCAGCUGAUUUCAAACAUAAGGUGACGACAAAUGUUGAGCAUGUUAUUGAUCGGAUCAACAUAAUAGCACCCCAGAGCUUAUCUGAUGAGGAUGAGAAUGCCAUGGAACCCCCGCAGUCUGUCCAAAGGGGUGUGGCAGAGCUUGUUGAAGCUGCAUUGAGCCCGCGAAGUUUGUGCAUGAUGGACCCAACUUGGCAUCCAUGGUUUUAAACUUGUAAUCUUUGCACCCCAUGUACAGAUUUGCUAAAAUCUUGUUCAUGUUUCAAAUAGGCUAACGCCAAUUGUAAAUAUCAUGUACAUAUGUAAUCCUGUAGUUUGAACUAGGUAACUUGCAGAAUUACAUAUUUAAUGUUACAUAAUUAUGAGGAAUGGGCUUGUCUGUGUUA